AUGCGAAAAAAAAAUAACGACGAUGAUGAAGAAGAACACGGAAUAAGAGAACACGAAAACUUUACCUAUCCUGACAUGCUUCUCAUAGUGUUGGAUGCGUCGACCGUUCAUGGUCAACGCAUGAGCGAUGUCGUACAGACAGACAAAGGUCCUGUACAGGGUAGAAUCUUCGAGACACUGUGGUACAGCAAGCUUUACUCGGCCUUCGAGGGAAUUCCAUUUGGUAAACCACCAGUCGGCCCUCUCAGAUUCAGGAAAACUGUCGAGGCUGAUCCAUGGACAGAUGUGAUAAACGCCACGAAGAAUACAAUAUCCUGCUCGCAAGCUUUCAUUCUUGGACCUACUGGAGACGAGGAUUGUCUUUACCUGAACGUUUUCACACCUCUGGUGGACCUUAAGAAUAUUACAAGUUUGAAAGCGGUAUUAGUAUGGAUCUAUGGAGGUGCAUUCACGAUGGGAUCGUCGUUGCCCGGUGUAUACGGCCCUGACUUCUUCCUGGAGAAGGAUAUAGUGUUCGUCAGCUUCAACUAUCGUGUCGAUGUAUUAGGAUUCCUGGCGCUGGACGUCGAAGGUGCAGAGGGCAACGCAGGUCUAUGGGAUCAGGUGUUUGCUCUAAGAUGGGUGAAGAAGAACAUCGCUGCUUUCGGUGGCGAUCCAAACCAAAUAACCCUAGCUGGAGAGAGCGCUGGUGCAGCUUCUGUCGGUUAUCACCUGCUCAUACCUGAAUCUGCAGGCCUGUUCAACAAGAUUAUCCUCCAAAGUGGCACACCUUUGUCACCAUGGGCGUAUCACUCGCGAGCAAACGCUAUUCAAAGUACUUUGCGCCUUGCUAACGCUUUAGGCUGUUAUAGUUCGAAUCAAACCGAGGUGUUGGAGUUCAUGGAAAAGCAAAAUCUCCACGAUCUCCUGAUGCUAUCUCGUUUACAGGGCAGUUACGUCUUACCGGGAGUACUCUACUAUCCGUUCGUUCCAACCUCGACGAACGAUCUUCUGGCUGAUUGUCCCAUAGCGAAUUUACGGACUGGAAACUUCUCCAAGGUACCAGUACUGAUGGGCUACAACAAGGACGAAGCAGUAUUGUUCUCCUUUGUGCUUGACGUAGUAAAGAAUUUGUUGUUCGACGAGCUCCUGCGGUUCUCCUUCUUGGAAGUCUUCGACAGUGUGAACGUAUUCAAUGAAUUUGCCUAUAACAUCUCGACAGAUGCAGAAAACAACAUGAUAAAGCUAGCGUCAGCGUACUACAUAUCUGGACCAGUGGAUCUAACGCAAAGGUACAUCACGAAAUACAACUCUGAUCAUCCUGUUUACUACUAUCAUCUCGCCUACGAUUCCAAGUACAAUCUUCACAGGCUGCUGGAUAGCAGUAUGGACGGUGUUGCUCAUGCAGACGACCUCGGUUUUCUCUUCAAUAUCGGAGUGAUCACUCCUAUCGAUCCAUUGGACACUGUGAAUUUGUUCCGGAACGAAAUGGUCACGCUGUGGGCGAACUUUGCGAAAUACAGCAAUCCCACGCCUAAUAACGAGACGAUCAACGGGGCAGUUUGGCAGCCAUCAGGAGUGGAAGGAUUACAGCUGGACAUAAAUACCGUAUUCACGAUGAAGAACCGUACUUUGAGCCCGGAAUUCCAGGAAAUGGAGAAAUACUACGACAUAGCGUUGCCAUACGCCACUCUCUCGGCGGCCGUUCAGGCUCAGGAUAUGAGCCAGAUCGUCCAGACGGAUAAGGGUCCGGUACAGGGAAGAGUAUACAAGACGGUAUUGCAUUCGAAGGACUAUUCGGCCUUCGAGGGAAUUCCCUUCGCCCAACCACCAGUUGGACCUCUCAGAUUCAAGAAACCUGAAUUGCCCGAUCCAUGGACAGAGGUGAAGAUAGUUCAGGACAACACGAACUUCUGCGCUCAAGUCCUCACUCUUGGCACCAGCGGAGACGAAGAUUGCCUCUACCUGAACGUGUACACGCCUGUGGUGGACAUUGCUAAUGUGACAGUGAAGAAACCAGUUAUGGUCUACACCUACGGUGGUGGUUUCACCACAGGAUGGUCGUGGCCAGGUGUAUACGGUCCUGACUACCUCCUCGAGGAAGACGUAUUGGUCGUCAUCUUCAACUAUCGUAUCGACAUCCUAGGAUUCUUGGCAUUGGACGUGAACGGUGAACAGUUAGGCAACGCAGCUCUCUGGGAUCAAAACCUUGCUCUUAAAUGGGUGCAGAAGAACAUCGCUGCCUUCGGUGGUGAUCCAAACCAAGUGACUCUGUUCGGUGAAAGUGCCGGUGCCGCUUCUGUAUCCUUCCAGAUGUUUAUGCCUGAAUCUGCAGGAUUGUUCCACAAAGUGAUCCUUCAGAGUUCCUCAGCUUUGUGCCCGUGGGCGUACCAUUCUCGACCAGAGGCUAUACAGGACACUCUGAACGUUGCUGCAGCUUUGGGCUUCUACAGUUUGGAUCAAACUGAGGUGUUCAAUUUCUUGCAACAGCAACCUGCUGCUGAUCUCCUCGAGGUGUCGCGUGCACAUGGUGCCUAUUCGGUACCGGGACCACUGUACUUCCCAUUCGUUCCUACGUCGACGAACGAUACUGUGGAUAAUUGUCCCAUUGCAAAAUUGCGAACUGGAAACUUCACGAAAGUACCUGUGCUGAUGGGCUACAACGAUAAUGAGGCUGCACUGUUCUCCCUUGGUGUGGACGCUUUAAGACAAGGAUUAUCCGAUGCCUUGGAAACGAUCUCUAGGAACGUUCUUUUCAGCUCCACCAUCCUGAAGGACUUUGCCAAUACAGUCAUGAACGGCACGCAAGAGGAGAUAAUAAAGCUAGCGUCUACGUACCAUUUCGUUGCGCCAAUGGAGCUGACGCAGAGAUACUUCGUCAAGAACAGCCCGUUCUCCGUUUACUACUACUACUUUUCCUACGAUUCGAAGUACAACCUUCACAAGUUUGCUGAUAACAGAAUCAAAGGUGUUGCUCACGCUGACGACCUCGGUGUAAUAUGGAACAUUGCCAUUAUCAGCAACAACGAUCCAACGAACAUAUACAACGUAUACCGCCAAAAUGUGGUCGAAUUGUGGGCGAACUUUGCGAAAACAGGCAACCCCACACCUAACAACGUGCCAGUGAACGGAGCAGUUUGGGAGCCAUCAGGAGUCAAUGGACUACAGAUUAAUCUGAAUGAAACAUUCUCGAUGGUCCCGCGUCAAGCGGACCUGGGAACCCUAAUGUGGGAGCAAUUCUACGACUCUUAUUCGCCCUAUACUACCCUCUGCGACGAUCCUAUUAUGCUUGGUACUCCAAACGCAUUUGCUUAA